AUAAUUAUUAUUAACUCUGUUAAAAUUAUUUUAUUUUAUUUUAUUUUUUUAAAAAAUGUUAUUUCGUGAACUUAGUAAAACUGGUGUAAAAAUUCCCGCAAUUGGCAUGGGCACAUAUACUUACGGCUCAGCCGAUGAACAAGAAAAUAUUAAAGCAUUGAAUCGAGCAUUUGAUUUAGGAUGUACCUUUUGGGAUUCUGCUGAUAUUUAUGAUAAUGGAGCCAAUGAAAUCCUCCUUUCAAAAGUUCUUAAAGAUCGUCGUAAUGAAGUGUUUCUUUGUACAAAGUUUGGCAUCGUUCGAGGUCCAAAUGGCGAAUUUAGUGUAUCAGGUAAACCAGAAUACGUUCAUCAAUCUUGCGAAAACUCUUUAAAAAGAUUAGGAGUGGAUUAUAUCGAUCUUUAUUAUCAACAUCGUGUAGAUCCUAAUACACCCAUUGAAGAUACUGUUGGUGCUCUAGCAGAACUUGUUAAAGAAGGAAAAAUUAAAUAUAUUGGUCUUUCUGAAUGUUCUGCAGAAACUCUUCGACGUGCUUAUAAAGUUCAUCCUAUUGCCGCAGUUCAAAUUGAAUAUAGUCCUUGGACACUUGAUAUUGAAACAAAUGGAAUUAUGGAAGCUUGUCGUGAAUUAGGUGUCACUAUAAUAGCUUAUAGUCCACUUGGGCGCGGAUUUCUAACAGGAAGAUAUAAGUCUAUUGAUGAUUUUGAACCAAAUGAUUUUAGAAGAUUGAUUCCACGUUUUCAAGGUGAAAAUUUCAAUAAAAAUUUGGAAAUUGUACAUAAAUUUAAUGAAUUUGCAGAAAAGAAAGGCGUAACUCCAGGUCAACUUUGUUUAUCUUGGAUUCUAGCUCAGGGAGAUAACGUGAUUGUUAUUCCUGGCACAAGAAAAAUUAAACAUUUGGAAGAAAAUGUUGAAGCAGUAAAAGUUAAUCUUAGUUCUGAAGAAUUGGCUGAAAUAAGGCAAAUUAUUAAUUCUAUUGAAAUUAUUGGUAAUAGAUAUAAUGACUUUUUUAUGAAGUCUUUGGAUUUGUAAAAAAAAGCUACCUUCAAUAUAAACCUAUUUUUAACGAUGUAUUGCUACUUUACCAAUCGAUUGAAAUUAUAACAGAUAACAAUAACUUAUUUGUUAAUUAUAUCCAACUCUUAAAUAAAAUUCAAUAAACCAGAAAUAUUACAUGAAAUUU